AUGGGUAAGAAGAAGCGCGGUCACCCAGACAUUGAGGAGGUCCUUGCGCGUCCUUGGUGCUACUACUGCGAGCGCGACUUUGAUGAUUUGAAGAUUCUAAUCUCACAUCAAAAGGCGAAGCACUACAAGUGCGACAGAUGCGGUCGCAGACUGAAUACAGCUGGAGGUUUGUCUGUUCACAUGAACCAAGUACACAAGGAGAAUCUGACUACGGUGGAGAAUGCUCUGCCCAAUCGUUGCGCGCCCGACAUUGAGAUAUUCGGCAUGGAAGGCAUCCCCGACGAUGUCAUGCAGCAACACAACCAGCGCGUCAGUCACGAGUUCUUUGCUGCGGAGGCCGAUCGUCGCGCAGCUACAGGCAACCCGGUCCCCGGUUCGUCGAUUCAGGGAGCUGCAGGCACAAAGAAGCCGAAGCUCGAGUCUCCUGCCGAGUUGAAGGCGCGUUUGGCUGAACAUAAGGCGAGAAAGGCGGCCGAGAAGUCGGGCUUGGGCAGUGCUCCUGAUACACCUGCCGACGUCGCCACACCACCUCAAUAUCAAUCAAGCUUCCCUCCUCCCUCUGCACCGCAAGCUGGCAGUCCACCACCUGCCGCCUACCCUCCACAACCGUACGGCCAGGCUCCUGCCCCGUAUGGUCAACAACCCCCACCUUUCAACUACGGUGAGCCGUCAUAUGCAGCACCACCAGGGCCCUUCCCGCCAGGUCAGUUUGGUUCCCAACCAUCCUAUCCCCCCUCACAGCCGUAUGGUGGACAAGGCCCUCCAGCGCCGUUUGCCCCUCCUGCUCAAUAUGCCUACCCACCACACUCCGCCAGCCCACCUCAAUACCAGAACGCUCGCCAUGCUCCACCCAUGAGUCCACCUGCACAAGACUUGCCCACUCGCCAGAACAGUCUUCCUUCAGCCCCUGGUCUUCCGCAACGCCCGACGUUCAAUGCUCCCCACGUCAGCCGAGAGCAGCUCGCCGAAAUGCACAGUGGUAACAUGGGCGGACCUGUUGCUCCCUCGCAAGAGUCUGGCGCUAAUGCAACGAGUGUGGACGAGCUCAUCUCGGGCGCCGCUGCUCAGCACUCCGCAAAGUCCGCAGCAUCACAACAACCCACGCCUACUCCAGCUCCCGAAAAGGAAGCAGACGGUGGCAGCAAGAAGUCGAAAAAGGCUACACGUCUGGUUUACUCUGAUCAAGAAGUGUCACCUGAAGAGAAGAUGGCACAAAUGCCCAGGUAUGCCUUUACUCCAGACAAAGGUGGCGAAACUUACUUGGCUCCCGUCGAGGCAAAUGUUACUGGCAUUGUCAGGGGUCCCGACGAUGUGAUUGAUGCACAGAAUUAG